AUGUAAACUCAUCAGUUACCUUCUUGCGUUAGUCCUAGAAAUUUCACUAAUUACAUCUCUAAUGGAACGGGCAGGGACUACUAUGUUGUUUAUUAUAAUGGAGGUUUGGCUAAAAACACUCAAGUUCAUGAGGAAGGAUGCUAUGAUAGAAGGAGAUUUCUGAGUGGGGAAUAACAGAGUAAAGGGUUGCCAUAGCUGUCUCCAAAAUUCUAGCAUUAUUAAGGAGAUGGAACUGGAAGGGAUUUUUACAUUAAGUACUUGUUUUUAAGAAGUCAAGAUUCAAUGAAGGAGGGUAGUUUUCAAGAUUGA